GCGGGAGGAAGAACACGGAAGCGGCACAUUUGAAAACUGACGGGAGAAUAUUGCGUCUAGAGGCACGUUUGUCAAUUGGAGGUCGCAAACGCGGAGAGAUAGUUUGUAUGGGGCAACUGCUCAAAGGUGCCCGGCGAUUGCAGGUGGCGGUAACGAGCCUUAACGAUCGUUGCCACCCGGCCAGAAAAGGGUAAAGGAUGAAGAAGACCAGGAAGCGGAGUUGCUCCACGGGGAACACGGCGCAGGGAGCCCACGGGAGCUCCUCUGGCCGAGAUGCCAACAUGCAGACAGAAGAGCACGUAGCUUGUCCAGUAACCGAUUUGGAGAAAUCUCGCGGGACAUUUCGCGUGCUCGUCGGCGCAACCGGAAGCGUCGCAUCCUUGAAGCUGCCUCUGUUGGUCUCCCAGCUUCUCCAGCUCCCCGAGGUGGAUGUGAGAGUGGUCACCACAGAGCACGCCAAGCACUUCUACAACCCUGCAGACAUUUCCGUAAGAGUCUACAGUGACAAGGAUGAGUGGGAGCUGUGGACGCAGAGGUCUGACCCGGUGCUACACGUUGAGCUGAGGCGCUGGGCAGACCUACUUGUCAUCGCCCCCCUAGAUGCAAACACUCUUGGAAAGAUUGCUAGUGGAAUAUGUGACAAUCUGCUGACAUGUCUGGUAAGAGCCUGGGAUACUAGUCGACCUCUCCUCUUCUGCGCUGCAAUGAAUACACAUAUGUGGGAGCAUCCCAUUACAGCCCAGCAGGUAUCCAGGCUGAAAGAAUUUGGAUACGUGGAAAUCCCCUGCAUUGUUAAGAAGCUAGCAUGUGGAGAUGAAGAACAAGUGAAAAUCUCAAGAGCAGAUUUUGAAUGUCCAACCCCAUACAAACAUACGUAUAUACCAAGGGAAGCAUCAGCCGUCAGAAUGAGACUUACCAAGAUCUGAUAAUUCCCUAUAUCAGUUGUCAAAGGACCCUGGUGCAAUUCUUAAGGUAAAGGCGGCAUGGCAGAGGUAUCGACUAUUGUCAGUGUUGUCAAACAGUAUCUUCAGAAACCAGAUGAGUCAUCUCAGAAAACAUGAACGUCACAUCGUAUUGUUGUCAGCUGGCAACAAAAACCAACGAGAUGUAAUGAAAAGUGCGAUGACUGCUCUUCAAAAUGCUUCUAUACCUGACAACUUCUCCCCUUGGGAUCUCCUAAUCUUUGUGCAUUAGGACUUUUAUGACCUCAUGGAAUAUCCUAGCAUUGCUUAAGUACAACCUCAGCAGCCUAUGAGACAGUAUCUGCAGUCCCUUUUUCAGGCCUUACCAACAGCUACUAGAGCAACAUUUUAAACAACUAGCUUUUCUGCGUAUCAUCUAGUCAUCGGGAUACUGACAUUAUUAAUGGCUUGUUGGAGAGCGAUUUCAAAUUCAAAGAAUUGAAAUGAACUUAUUUUGUCAUUUAAGCCCCCUCUUUUUCUGCAGUGACAUAUGCAUCCCAAAAUUACACUGAAAUGUGUGAUGUUUCCGUUUACAAAGCAGAAUGUCAUUGUGGACUUCAUGGAGCUUAUGUACAGUAUAUAAACUGAGAAAUGCAGUUUGUGCAUCUGCAUUUUUUUUGUCUUAAUAUCUGACAUCCACACCUACUUAACAAAAAGGUGUGUGCAAUCAUGGCUGUUAGUACUGUCAAGCUGUUGGGUCACAGAAUCUCUGUUUCGUACUCAGUGGUGGUCUGGAUCCUUCCCCCAGCAAUUGGCAAAGAUUAAAUUUUUUUUUUUUUUAAAUCACCUAUGCAUUGCAUCAAUCAUCGUGCCAUAACGUGAAGGUGCAUUUUUUUCAAUAGUUUCAACUAGGUUUGUGAAUGUUUUAAUGUCUUUCUUUUCAUCUUCAUAACAAUAUGCAAGUCAAAUACCAGAGUGGCUUUGUAUUUUAUUUUGAGAUCAUGAGAUAAUUAUUAUCAUAAUGAGAUUAUCAUUAGAAUUUCACACAUCCUGUAGCGUGCAGAGAAACAAAUGUUCACUGCGCCACUGCCAACAAACUGCUUAAGCACACUGCAAAAGCAAAAUGCUCAAAAUAAGUAUUUAUUAAGUAGGCGAGAGCAACAUUUUCUUAUUUGAGUCAGUAGUAGCUGUCAUGGUGCCUAUGGGGUUAAUUAUGUUGAGACAAAGUACCGUUUCCCUCAGGGCAGUUUGACAAACUGGAUUUUCUGCAGUGACACAACAAAACUUAGCUGAGGUACGGAUGCCUCAGACUGAGACCAAGUUAGUACUGGUAUCAGUCUCAUAUUUCAGCAACAACAACAUGACAAGUUCUGCCACACCUAUGGAAAACAUAUUUUUGUUCUUUUAAACUGCUUAAAUGUUUUAAUCAAGAAACCAAGGGGAGGCAGAUGCAUCUCAAUCCAAAGUCAAUCUUCACAGAUGCUUGAAUUUAUUUAUUAUUUUUGCCAUGACUUUAAGAACUAAAGGUGAAAAAUGAUGAAAUCCAUGGUUCACAGUAGUGUAAGACAUGUUUAUCUUUGUGAAAACCGUCCAUCUCCCGGCAAAGUGAAACAUUCCCAUCUGGAUUGUGUCAAGAGAAUGCAGAUGACAGAUGUUGAAACAAACCAGACAAAGGUUUGUUUCUGUUGUCGGAGAGAAAAAGCAGAUGGUAACAACUGUCUUACUGGUAAUAAACUGAGAGGAACUCAACCUUGUUGGUGGUAAUAUUGAAGGUAUGUCUCCUCUGUGACGUUAUUGGAAGGAGUAGCACACUUUUUAUACUAGAGCUCUAAAUUUACUGUAAAUCCUCAAACAUUUUCAUUAACAGACCAAAAAAAAGUGGACAAGAACGCAGUUGCAAAAUUCCACAUGUACAAACACUAUCUCAAACAAUGCUUUGGAUCAUCAGACUUACACCUUUCAUUGUUUAAUGGCAUACUAAAAAAAAACAUACAAACCUUCCUGAUUUUUCUGAAUUGUGCUUACGUUUUUUUCCUCUCCGUGCUAUUCAGACGGUUGUAUUUUAUCUUGGUUUAUCUCUGCGGGGGAAAUUUGGUUUGCAAAUAACCCAGGGGACAUUGUUGCUGUUGAGCUGCACAUGGCGCCGUGUGAAUGGCUCCGCAAAUAAAAAGCAUCCUACCAUGAGCCAUAA